AUGGGAUUCACCCAACUCAUUUCCUUACCACCAUACAAAUCUCAGAACAGAUACUUUGACCAAAGAGUGAGGAUCACAGAUGUUGUCAAAUUUGCUGCGAUUGAUAAAGCUUAUGAAAUGAAAAGGUCAGCUUUCAACUUUCAAGGCCAUACUAGCAAGCCUCAAUCUUCUAAUGAAUUUACCGUUUGGUGGACGGCCUACAUUUCUUCCAGUCAGAUAAAAAAUCAUAAGGCCGUUUGUGACAGUAUUUUAGCCUCCUUCAAACCCUUUUCUCCAGAAAAAGAAAUUCUAAAGGAAAGUGAUGAAGAAGAAAGUGAAGAGAAUAACAUUAUUUUGCCCACAAAAGUUGAAGGUGUGGCUGAAAGUGGUAAUGUGAGUCAUGAACAUAUCUAUUCCAGUAACGAAGAAGAAGAAGAAGUUGAAGAAGAGGAAGAAGAAGAUGCCUUAUAUAAGGGACUGGUCAUUGUAAAGAAAGAGUUUCAACCCCAGUUUUCUUCCUCAGAUGAAGAUUCCUCCAAUGACGAUGGUAUUUCCAAAAGGCAAACCAAUACUCAGCAUUCUAUCAAAAUAAUCACCAAGCGUAGUCCCACUAGAAAAGUUACUGGAAAGGCAAAAAGGAAAAUUGACUUGUAA